AUUAAAUGCUUUAGCUUUUGGGUAUCAAAACCUCCUCCCUGUCUCUUAUUGUUUCUUCUAUUCAUCCUCUCCCCCAUUGCAGGAUGGAAGGACAGCCAUCUUUUUUCCCCUCUGUUAGCAGCACUCCUUCCUCUUCCUUUUCUUCUCCCACCGCUUCCUCCUCCUCCCCCUCGACCACCAUUGUCAUGGCCGAAACACCACCGUCACCCCCUCAGCGAGAACAGAAGAAGACGAAGACCUUUGAACUGACGGCGCACUCCAUAUUUUAUGUCAAGCCCACCGCCGUGCACGCUUUGAAACUCCUCCUCAACCAAUGCCGGCCCUCCCAACCGACGCAUUACAUCCUCCGCGACGUCUCCCUCACCGCCCGCCCCGGCGAGCUGCUCGCCGUCGUGGGUCCCAGCGGCGCCGGUAAGUCCACCCUCCUAGACAUCCUCGCCGCCCGCACCGCCCCGACCGCCGGCUCACUCCGCCUCAACUCCUCCCCCCUCCACCCGGCCUCCUUCCGCCGCCUCUCCGCCCACGUCCCCCAGCACGAUGCUUCCCUCCCACUCCUCACCGUCGCCGAGACCUUCGCCUUCGCCGCCCGCCUCCUCCUCCCCCGCCACGCCUCCGCCUCCGCCUCCGCUGUCAUCGCCUCCCUACUCGCCGACCUCCGCCUUUCCCACCUCGCCCACACCCGCCUUUCCGGCAACCUUUCCGGCGGGGAGCGCCGCCGAGUUUCCAUCGGCCUCAGCCUGCUGCGCGACCCUGCGGUGCUCCUCCUCGACGAGCCUACAUCCGGCCUCGACAGCUCAUCGGCGCACCUCGUCCUGCAGUCCCUAAGGAGCGUCGCUGCCUCCCGCUCCACCACCAUCAUCCUUUCCAUCCACCAGCCCAGCUCUCGCCUUCUUUCUUCCAUUGACUCCCUCCUCCUCCUCUCCAAAGGCUCCGUCAUCCACCACGGCUCCCUCUCCUCCCUCGACCACUUUCUCCUCUCCGCCGGCUUCUCGGUCCCCUCCCAGCUCAACCCCCUCGAGUUCGCCAUGGAAGUGCUCCACCAACUCCCCCACCCGACCACCACCCUUAAAGCACAACGAGCUUCCUCCACCAAGUUGAUAGAACCGAAGAUCCAAGAAGAAGAAGAAGAAGAAGACAUCACAGUCCACUAUUCCAGUUCUCGAGUUCGAGAAAUCCUGACGCUCUACGGCCGCUGCUGGAAGCUCGUGUUCCGCACCAAACAGCUCCUCCUCGCCAACACUAUCGAGGCGCUCAUCGUCGGCUUCCUCCUGGGCACCAUCUACAUCAACUUGAGCUUCGACGACGAGGGCAUUGGCAAACGGCUCGGCCUGUUCGCCUUCACUCUCACCUUCCUACUCUCCUCCACCACCGAGACGCUCCCCAUCUUCGUGGGCGAGCGCCCCAUCCUCCUCCGCGAUACUUCCUCCGGCCUCUACCGCCUCUCCUCCCACCUGGUCGCUGGCACGCUCGUCUUCGUCCCCUACCUCCUCGCCAUCUCCCUCCUCUACGCCACCUCCGUCUACUUCAUCACCGGGCUCUGCGCGUCGUGGGCGGCGUUCACCGACUUCGUUCUCAUCGUCUGGGCCCUCGUCCUCACUGCCAACUCCUUCGUACUCUUCGUCAGCUCCCUAGCGCCGGACUACAUCGCCGGCACGUCGCUGGUCACGGUGUCGCUGGCGGGCUUCUUCCUCUUCUCCGGUUACUUCAUAGCAAAGGAGAGCAUGCCGGAGUACUGGGUCUUCGUGCACUACUUAUCUCCAUACAAGUACGGGCUGGACGCGCUGCUGGCCAAUGAGUACAGCUGUCAAGCGAACCGGUGCUUCGAGUGGGCCGGCAAGGAGAUGGGAGGGGGGUGUUUGGCGACCGGAAGAGAUGUGCUGGCGAGGCGAGGCUUGAGGGAGGGAGAGAGGUGGGCAAACUUGCAGGUUCUCUUUGGGUUCUUCGCGUUCUACCGCGUCCUCUACUGGAUCGUUCUCCGGAGGAGGGCCUCCAUGUCCAAGAAAUGAUCGAAAGAUGGAAGCUUGGCUCCUCAUCAAGUUGCAGGAGUGGUGUAUGGUAUAUCCUCAAGUACGUACGUGCAUGUGUUCCACUGUCUUCUUCUCACGUUCUUCUUCUUCCAUCUGUAACCUAAACCUGCAACUAAGAUCUUUAACUAUCGUGUGUUGUCAAGGGUUUGCUUCGUGUUCAUAGCUUCAUCUUUGGAGGCAAACUAACCCAUAGAAACUAUUUACUGAACCCUAAGAUGGAAGCACCUGACAGCUGCAGAGGCAACCGUGAGCGGGCAACCAUGUCGUCUCCCUCCACCACAUCACCACAUGCUGCUGGGGCCAUCCAUGGCUCCCACUGCGACCUAAUCGAAGGAGAAGGGCGAGGCGACGGUGUCCCGUCCUCUGUUCCCUUCUUGGGAUGUGCGCAGAGCUCACGGGUUCUUUGGGCGCAUCUGCGUCAUGUGAACUUUGGCCGUGUCCUCUCUGUCGAGCUCGGUGUCGUGGUUUCCAUCUCUGUUCGUGAAGCCGAAUCAUGCAUCCACCGUGGUCUACAUCAUCGGUUCUUCCGUCUCCCAAAAGAGAUGCACUCAUUGCAGCGUCAAUUCUGGCAUGUUUGUGAGACACGAAUUGUCAUACGAUCACAUAAGACUGGUUUUGCUAUUUGUUUCGAGGAAGAAAAAUGAAAAUUUUAUUUAAUAAUUAAUUAUUACGAUUAUUAGUUAUUUAAGAAAUAAUAAAGGCAAUUCGUAGACAGAUGAGACCAGUAGGACUGAACAAAGAGACAGGUGGCGAUACGUUACCAACCCAAUCCCGCCUGCUUCGUCUCGCCUUGGAAUUCAUCCCUCCUUUGCUCGAUCAAUGCGUCGUGGUUUCGUUAAUCUGGCGCUCCGCCCCUGGCGAUCGAUCGCUCCCGGUUCGAACUACAAUGGAUGAUUUAGGGGUUGAGCUUGUAAUCGGCUAUUAGAAUUGUGGGUGGAUGUGGAAUUAGGGUUUUGGCAAGGGGACAUUGAAGGGAACAUUUGGAGAAGCUACUGAGGACCGGGCAGUGUACACUUGCCGGUGCUUCGAUCGGAGUGAUGCUCUCCGCUUUUGGAUUCUCCGACUACACCGAUUUCUGACAUUUGCAGAGUGCACAAAAUCGAAUUCCUGUCCUGUAAAUUCAAACAAGCAGUUUCACCUGAUGCAGGUAACAGCGACUCUCUCACUUGCGGCGGCAUGCUCUUCAGCAGGUUCCUGUUACUGUGCUUUGAUGAUGAUCAACACUCCCUGCCUGGAUUGAUCACAGCUUCCUUUCUUCUUCAGUAUCAUUUGUCUGUACCUGAGCAUGUUGAGAAACUUGUCAGUGAGUUGAGACACAUUAUAAGAAGAUGGAUGUUAAAAUUAAGGUUGUUUUUCUCCUAAUUCAUGGGUCCACAUUUUUUAGUAGAUAGGUGGAAAGUAAUCCAUUAUAUGUUCAUCUUUUUGUUGAUUUGGAGCCAUCUGAAAAUUGCUCUUUUUAUAUUUUCAUCGUAUCCUUGAAUGAUUCCUUUUAUCAUCUUGCACAUGCAACUUCCAGGAGAACAAAAUUUCUUAUUCCAUGGGGAAAGAACAUUUGUACCAGCAUUUUGCAUUCCCUUUAUUUUUGUGAGUUCUGUGCCACCAUCUAAUAAUCCUGUAUCGUGAUUUCUUUUGUAUUUGUUAGAUUUCAUUCCUUACUGAUUGAGAAUGAGAUAAUAUUACUGAGAACUCUUUGAUGAUGGUAUAGACUAUAGAGUACACUCUUUGCUGAAAUUUGCUAUAGUAGAAAAAACUAAUUAUUCCUGACAAUUUGGUACAUGAAGAUAGCAUCACAGGAUUAAACUUCUUCUGUUGCAUCAGUAACUACAAACUUAUAUUUCUACUGUCAUGACAUCCAACUAUGUUUUAACAUUAUUUUACGUUCCUGCAUCAAGAAAGAAGUUGCAUGUUCUUGACUCUUCCAGUUGCACCAAGACAACCAGGUUGGCCUUGCUCACCUUUGUGAUCUUCGGACGAGCUGAUGCCAGGUGGUUCGCCAGACUAACUUUGUUGCAGCUGGAGCAGGUGCUGGUGGUGACGUCGAGAAGCCUUUGAUACCCGAAGAUGACCGGAGUCCGCUGGAAUCACUGAGCAGUCGCAUGUACAAGAUACGGAUGCUGGGAAGCUUGUGCAAUUCUCUUGAAGGGAAAAGAGGGAGAGGGGGUUCGCAUAAAAGGAAGAGCCGGUUGAGGCUACAUGAGGUACAGUACUGUUUGCCACUGCUCAAGCAGUAAGCCUAGCAACUGUGAAGUCAGGAAAGCGACUUCAAAACAAUACAAACAUGGUAGAAGGAGAAGUUGAUUACGAAAGAUUAAUUGGGUUAGUGAUCCAGUUUCAACUCUUUCUUCAUGGAUCACUCACUACCUCUCUUCAAGAGGCUACUGGCCAAUUUUAUGAUCUCCACAAUUUGGUGAGAUGUUCCUCUCAGUGGCAUCCUCAAACAUGGGAUACUAUAAAUGUAUAAUGGAUGACACUGUAAAUGUCAAAUGGAUUAGAGUCUGUUAUAUAAGUUGAAUGGGAGAAUUGAAUGUGAUGUUAUAACCAUGAAGAGAUAAAACUGAAAUGGCAAGACUCUUCAUGACUGAUGUUGUAUAAUAUUUCUGAUGUGUUUAGUAGUAAAGUAUAAGGGGUAAAACACCUCUCUGGGUGGGAAGAUUGUUCUGCA